UAUAACGGUUGCGGGGCCGUUCCCAACUGGUUCUGUAAUUAGCCCUCACCCAAAACACUUCGUAAAGCUGAGGAGGGCCCAGGGCUGUUCACUCCUCCUCCUUCCUCAACGCACCCCCACCCCCCAGCAGGAUGAGAGUCUAAGAGAUGCUGCGUUGUAAAAGGAACAUCGAAGGAACGCUCUUGGAAGAAGCCAGCGCUGUUCUGCAUAAGUACACACACCUGUCCCGUUUCAACAUCUGCCAUUCCAGUGGAAAAGGCUCCAUCUCCAAAUGAAGGCAAGCAAAACGAAGAAGAAAAGACCCACGUAACAACACAAGAAAGAAGCAAGGAAAGAGAAACGUUUAAAACACCCUGCAUCCAAACAAAUCUCCCCAGAUAUUAUCCUGAAGAGCGCUAAUCGCUCACGAAGUGCAGUUUAAAUCUCCCGGGGUUGGAGGGGCUAAGGGAAUGGAGAGCUUGGGAAGGCUGUGGCGAUUGGCCAGAGGGAGAGCCAAUGGUGUGCCAGGCACCCAGGGGGGCGGAGCUUACGUCGGGGCUUGCUGAACGCUGAUGGGCCAAUGGACAUCCUGCUCUGUCUGAGGGGCGGGGCAAAUUGUGUUCCUUCCAAAGCAAGCUCACUCUGGAGAUGUAGAGCCAAACGAUUGGCCGUGGGGGUCCGGGAGGGCGAGCGCAGAUUGGCUGGCGCAGCUUUGAGGUGAAUGGGAUAGGUUCAUUGGGAAGGCGGAAGGUUUGAACAGCCGGGACCUGUGACUGUUGGUAUUCUUGAACCGAGGCGGUAACUUCGACCCUCUCCUGAGAGAAACGCAAACCUCGACUCGAGCCUAUCCUGUCUAGAAGCAGAAUUUUAGUCUGGUUAAUUGACUCUUUUCCUCAGAUUUCUUUUAAUUCUGCUCAAGGCUUCGCUUGUGACUGAUUUCCCACUUCUGUUUCUCCUGAGGUUUCGGAGGCCAUGUCUGCAGAAUUCAUUUCAUCUGCAGGACAGGAGGGACGCCCCAGCUCAGGACCCAGUUUUAGAUCCAGUCGGAGAAAGAUAUUAAACCUCCUCCUGGAGAGAGACACUUCCUUUACUACCUGUUCAGAUAUCCCUAGAACUCCAGUGAACAAACUCUUUGGUGAUUCUGCAAACCUAAGCGUGUUGUCUGGAGGAACCCCAAAAUGUUGCCUUGAUCUUUCGAAUCUUAGCGGUGGUGGAGAGAUGUCUGCCAAUCAACUUAACACUUCCAUAGACCUUGAUGAAACUGGUCACUUGGAUUCUAAAGGACCUCAGGAAAUACAUUUAACUGGGAUGAAUCAUCAACAGCACCUUACAAAAUGCAGCCCAGCACAGCUGCGUUGUAGCACUCCAAAUACUUUGGACCAUGGCAACAGAAAGAAAGAUGCAGUAUGUAGCUCAUCCACAAAUAAAGAAAAUGAGAACAACACUUUGAAGUCCUGGGAGUGGUGGGCACCCAGGAGCCUGAAGUUUCGAAAGAGACCAGGGGGGCCUUACAUGUCUCCCCUUUCUCUACUGGACAAUGAAAACUUUUUGGAAAGUGAAAUGAAAUAUAUGGGGAGUCCCAUUAUUACACUUCACAAAUUGGAUAAAAAUACAGAACUAGGAGAAGAUCAGGCAGAGAUUUCCAAUGAAUUGAUGGAGUUUUCUCUGGAAGAUCAAGAAGAGGCCAAGGCAUCUCCGAAUAGAAGCUCCUUGUAUCGCUCCCCUUCAUUGCCAGAGAAUUUGAACCGGCCAAGACUGAAGCAGGUGGUAAAAUUCAAGGACAAUCCAAUACCAGAUAAAGAAAAAAAGGAAUAUUGUUCUAGCCACAAAGAGCUCAGGAAGGGCUUAGGUCUAAAGAAGACAGUCUCUCUGUGUGACAUUAAUAUCACUCAGAUGCUGGAGGAAGAUUCUAACCAGGGUUCUCUGAUUGGUGAUUUCUCCAAGGUAUGUGUGCUGCCAACCGUGUCAGGGAGACACCAAGAUCUGAAGUACAUCACCCCAGAAACAGUGGCUGCCUUACUGUCAGGGAAGUUCCAGAGUCUGAUUGAGAAGUUUUAUAUUAUCGAUUGCCGCUAUCCAUACGAGUACCUGGGAGGACACAUCCAGGGAGCCUUAAACUUGUACAGUCAGGAAGAACUGUAUAACUUCUUUCUGAAGAAGCCCAUUGUCCCUCUGGACACCCAGAAAAGAAUAAUCAUCGUGUUCCACUGUGAAUUCUCCUCAGAGAGGGGUCCCCGAAUGUGCCGCUCUCUGAGAGAAGAGGACAGGGUUCUGAACCAGUAUCCUGCAUUGUACUACCCAGAACUAUAUAUCCUCAAAGGGGGCUACAGAGACUUCUUUCCGGAAUAUACGGAGCUGUGUGAACCACAGAGCUACUGCCCUAUGCAUCAUCAAGACCAUAAGGCUGAGCUGCUGAGGUGUCGAAGCCAGAGCAAAGCAUGGGAAGGAGAGCGGCAGCUGCAGGAGCAGAUUGCCUUACUGGUGAAGGAUGUGAGCCCAUGAUAGUGGGUCAGUGGUUGGCUGUCUAGGAGUCACCAAAAGACACUGUAAAGGUGCUGAGCAGAAAGAGGCCAUGUUGUAUGUGGCUAAACCCAAGAUUGUUAAAAGAUGUCUGCAAACCAACAAGCUGCCAAGCUAAUGAAAUUCCAGGCCUGGAGGUUGGUUUUAGCAGAGCUGCUGGCUGGUGACUGAGUCCUGGAGCUGGCCCUAGAAGGCUGUAGCCUUGAGUUAUAUGGAGAUUUGUGUUGCUUCAGGAAGUGUUUGCAUUCUCUUUCCAUUUAGACUUGUCUUCUCACAAGCGAACAAGCUCUUUCCCUGGGCUUCUGCUUGUGCAAGAGAGUUGCCCAUCUUCUUUCUCUGUACUUGCUCUCUAGGUUUCCUUUUCUCCCUUUUUCUUAGAUGGGAAAAUAAACACCGCAGAAUGAGA